CACGCCUCCUGCUGCACGCUCCACGAGGUAGAACGGCGAACGUAGACACGAACACGUAGGACGUAAGCGCGGGACCAGGCGACCCGAUCCUGUGCUACCACGCUGGCUGGUCUCCCUUCGCCAGGAUAACCACGAACAGACAUCCUCUGGGAUCAUUUGUCAACUGGGUCCUUCUUCAUCGAUCGUCGUCACUCAUUCGAUCCUUGGUGUCGUCGACUCUUAUUAAGUCUCGACAAAUCAUUGAAUAAAUCUAGAUAAGGGAAGUCUGGAUAAAGAAGCAGGAUCUCUCUGGUCCACGUCGAUUAUCACCUCGUGCAGUUGAUUAUUUCUUCGUGGCUCAACAUGCUUCGUGAACUUGGUUCGGGUGUCGCGGGAUUAUUCCGAGUAUGUUGAUCUGUGGACUGUUCUUGUGAAUUCCAGUUUCGAGUUUUGGCGUUGAUAUCGAGUUGUAAAGGGGUUCGUUCGAGUUCGUCGAAUCAGUUUGGAGAACAAUACGGUUUAAUUUUGGCGAUACAAUUCUCACACUUGUCAGCUGUUCGCGCGUUUCUUAGCCGAAGAACCGUGAUCGAUCCUGUCAGUGGAUUUUAUCGCCAUCCCCGACGGCGAUCAUCGCUGAACGCUUCCUCUUUCUAACCACCACCGCCCCCACCCCUGACAUCACACGCGUCCAGCCACGCGAUCACCGGGACCAGCGAUCCGGAAGGUUUCGCGCAACGGUGACCAACGAGCCGGUCACUCUUAAUGAACAUCUGAUCCACGGUGAUUGAACAUCUCUCUCGUUUGGAUGUGUCUACGAAGCGUCACCGGUGUCGUCCUUCAUCGACGUUCACCGACGGAUGCGAUGUAUGGAAUUUGUCCAAUUUUUCCCGAGGAAAUCCACUAAGCCGUGGUUCAUCGGUUAAAAUAAUUGGUGAACCAAAGAAGACUCCAGGAUCUGCAUAAUUAACAGGGCAGUUGUACAAAUUUGGAUAAGAUCGUAUCUUGCAUUGUGGAUAAGGUAGAAAGAGAUCGAGUUGAGUUUGUUAGAUUUGUUUAAUUGCGAAGAACGGUGCUUUUGUUGGUUAGAAACUUGAAUGCGAAUGAUCAACCAAGAACUUGCUAGAUAAAAAUAGGUAAAAUAAAAAGGCGAGAUUUUGUUCUUGUGACCAGGAGAAUCUGUGCGGGUAUGACAGACGACUGUGAACGGUGCGACGGGCCGCGCGAACGGUGAAGUGUUGCCGCGGUGUUCAGUGAAUAUUCAGAGACUUCGACGCGCGGUCAGAAGGUAACCGAGGGAUACAGGCAGACGGCGAACACGACCACGACGACGAAGCGGUUCGAAUUCGGAAGGAGACGAGGGGUUGAACAGACGCCUCGUCCAAAUCGACGGGGUGUUGUCCGAGGCGGAGGAGGGUGGCGGAAGACGAGGGUCGGAAGGAGGGUGGCGUGCUAUGAUCAGCAUGGAGCUUCCGGCACAUACGACGCAGCAUGGUGCUCUUCACCUGGGGGUCGGGGUCGGGGUCAACCCAGGUGACCCAGCCGGAAGUGCUCUGACCGCCAUUCAUCCGCAUCCUCAGGAUCCCCUGGCCCUCCACCACCAUAAUCACGGAGCUGCAACACCCGGAGGUAUGCACGAGGACUCCAAGAAAAAACAUGACGGCGGUCACGGGAUGAACCAGGACGGCCACGGCGGAGUUAACCAGCUCGGCGGCGUCUUCGUGAACGGAAGGCCCCUACCGGAUGUAGUCAGGCAGAGGAUCGUCGAGCUAGCGCACAGCGGCGUCCGACCGUGCGACAUUUCCAGACAACUCAGGGUAUCUCACGGCUGUGUAUCCAAGAUACUGUCGAGGUAUUAUGAAACCGGCAGCUUCAAGGCUGGUGUAAUAGGCGGCUCGAAACCGAAGGUUGCAACUCCACCGGUGGUCGAAGCGAUCGCCAACUACAAGAGGGACAAUCCGACGAUGUUCGCGUGGGAGAUCAGGGAUCGAUUGCUUGCUGAAGGCAUUUGCUCGCAAGACAACGUGCCAUCCGUCUCCUCGAUCAAUCGAAUCGUGAGGAACAAAGCGGCGGAGAAGGCGAAGCACGCGCAUCAACAACAGCAGGCGCAGCAGCAGCAAGGUCAGCAGCAAGGUCAGCCAGGAUCAGGUGGUUCCGUGUCGGUGAUAGCCCAUGCACCUGCCACUGCAGCAGGUCAUCCAGCGGCAACCGCUCCCAACGCUUACAGCAUCAGUGGCAUCCUGGGAAUCCCGACGCACCAUCAGGACCCCAAUGGCAACAGCAUCAAGAGAAAACGUACCGACGACGACGACAACCGAGACCUGAGUGAUCAUCCCGAAGAUGACCUGAAGAGACAGAGAACCAAUUAUAACGGCGACCAACUAUACUCGAACCUAUGGUCGAGUAAAUGGAGCAUCAAGGACGAACACAAGCUCUUGAGUGAGCUCGGAGGCGGCGGAGGCGGCGGUGCGAGCGGCGGCGGUACGAACGGCACUGGAACCGGCGGAGGUGGCGGCGGCGGAGGUGGUAGCGGAGGUAGUAGCGGUGGAGGCGGAGGUGGCGGUGGUGGAGGUUACUACGAACACGGAGGAUUCCCCGGGAACGCGAUUGCCACCUCCGCCGAGCUGUACGACUCCCUGGGCACGAUCAGCACGAUGACGCAAGCGCAAACGCCCCAUCUCUACACCCCGCCCAUAGGGGGCACCAUAGCAGGUGGUACUUUGACGCCGCUCGCGCCACUGACGAUGCAAGAACUAAAAUUGAGCCAAACAUUGGACGGGGCUAACAUGUCUCCUUACCACACUACCGCAGAGAGCAGUACCGUCGCAGUGUCGUAUGUAGGGGUGGGGGCCGGCGGGGGCGAGCAGAGUCCUCCGAUUUCGUUGCAGAACGAGACAAACGCCACCCCCGCGGCCCCCAACACCCCUGGAGGGGAUCCCGGACUGACGGUCUUGCAGCCGCCAGUUUCUCAACCCCAGGUAGCAUCUGCGAUACCGCCCUACUCAACGAUGCUUCCCAGUUUCGGACACUACGCCACCGGUGGUGGUGACUAUGCAUACAGCGCAGCAUACUCCCAAUACUCGAGCGCACCAUAUAGCGGCUACGGUUAUGGAGCAGCGACAAGCGGGUUGCUCAACUCGACGUAUUACUACUGUAACGGGGAUACGCUGGCGUCUUCCCACACCAAUUCGCAGCAGGGCGGCGGAUGUAACAACACAGGGCCAGAGAACAGCACGGACGUGGCUAGUCGCUCGCCUUUGGCGGCUACCAGAGCAAGCAGCGGUGCGAGUGCCGCUUCACCGACCGGAAGUGCAUGCACCAAGCCGGAUCACAAUUCCACACCGACGGAUCUUUAUUUGGCCUGAUUAAACGAUGGUACAGGAGAUCGACUCCGGGCAGAAUGUUUUCCUGGGGUGGGAGGAGCGACCAACGAGUCCAGACGCCAUAUCACGAGAAACCACGCUGAAAUUAAGCAAUGAUCUCUUUAACUAACUGGUUCAAGAAUGAACAACUAGGAACCAUUAUUGUCGAAUAAAAUCGUUAACACCCGAUAACCAUGGCGAAUUCUCGUUAAGAACAGGAGGAAGUAUGGAAAGAUGGGCAAACUGUGACCAGAUACGCGUUCACGUCAAUGCACUAUGACAUUAUUCACGAUCGAGUCGCGUGUCACGCUUGAGGAUCUCGUAUCGAUCGAUACGAGCGUCGCGAGAGAGAUAGAGACUUUUUAAAAUUCGCUACGAACACAAUAGACGAUAAUCGAUAAAACAUCAGAAACCAUCUUGCGUGUACAAUAAGCUUACAAUGUAUGACAGCGCUCAAUAGAACAAAACGAUCAAACAUCGAACGCUGUUACGAUUCAUCGAUCGAUGAUAAUAAUUGUGGCUAGAAAUCAUUGUUAGCAAAACCUUCAUCACGGAGUUAAAAACUGUAGCUUCGAUGCCGAUAUCACUGAUAUUAUUUACGAUUCCCAACGGACAGCAACGACUCAACGAGUGUCUGGUCCAGCGACACUAAAAGACGAUGCUGUCUAGUUACGCGGUCGGGAUUACAGAUUCGCCCGCAUGCGUUACCGACAGUAUCGGUACUCAUGUAGAGUGCGCAUAAUCGUAGGUAGUUUAAUUUAACGAUCCUCAGUUAGUAUAAUUUCUACACAAUGCCCGCGAUCGGUCGUCCCUCCAAAUGUGCCCGUGCAUUGCCGACAAGGAUAUCGUACGCGUUGUUAACGAUCAUCGCGUCACACGAAUGUAGUUGGGCACAUUUGUUACCGACGGCAUUAGAACGUGUACAUAUAUAUAAAGUGAAGGAAAAAAUUUAUAUAUAUAUAUAUUAACCGUGUAAGACAGACAAAGUCAACUGACUAACACGGCACGUUCUUUCUUCUAAUAAGCACGACGACCUUCCCCCACCCCCUAUCAACAAACGAUAUAAGUAAUAUAGUAGAUAUAACGGAUAAGUUUAUUGAGAUUUUUAAAUCAGGAAUCGACGUAACGAUCAUUACUGUUAAGGAUAUUAUAUAUAUUUUUUGUAGAAACCAAAGACCACAGACGGAUUGCCGAAAAACAAGAAAUGCGUGCGAAUCGCGUAGUUAGUGGCUGAGGCAGAGUUUUAUGGCGGUUCGAAAGCGACUUGUAAAUUGUAAACGAAUACGCGAGUUUGCGAGCGACGUACAGGGUCGACGUAAAUGUACAAAACAAUGAGGGGAAUGCAAAUCGUGAAAUCGGGAAAGCGUGAAAGGCGAAACGAAGUCGUGCAACGUUCCUCGUCAUCGCGGUUGAUUUUCUCGCCACCACGAGAGUAACGCUUAAUAAGAAUAGGAUGCAAAAGAAAAGGUUACCUCUUGAUUGAAACUGCCAUCCUACGUCGAUUAUAAAUCGUCCAUAAGCUUUCACGUGCGUGUAACGAAUUUCUUUUCGCGGCACGAAUCUUUUUCUUUCUAAACGAAACGACGGACACUUCCGUGACGGCCGGUUGAUCACAAUUAUUCCCGCGUUCCGUCCAACGGCUUCACCAUUCUCGCGCACCACUACGGAAAUCAAGUUGCUUCCGGCAUCGCUUCGAGCGGAACGUUUCGAAAAGAGAAGAAAAAACACAAUCACGGAACCGUAAUUAACGUCUGGCCAUCGGACUUUAAUGAGAAGUUACGUGCAUUGCAAUUUCAUUAUGAUUAACGGGCAAAAAUGUUAAUUCGCAACCUUAAUAAGAAAAUUUACGCGCGCAUUUCCAGCGCAUUUCGAUCCACGCAUACGAUAUGGCCCGAGCCUGCGCAAUAAGCUUAGAAGCGCACACGUGAUGCGCGCUAUAAUUCGAACGUUACUUAUUUAAUACUCUACAUUCUCUUCGUUUUAAUUCCGGGAUUAUACAAACAAUUUUUAUCCGUCUACGAAGAUAAUUAUACGUUGUCCCUUCCAUUUCAUGGAAAUUGGAAGUAGUGCAAUCAACAUGACAAAAUAUUUUAAUUAUUCGCAUAAAAUGUUAUCCGAAUAUAUAGAGGCGAUUGUUAAUUAAAAUGUAGCGUCUCGCUUGAGAAAUCCACCAUGAAAUUGGUUUCAUAGCACAAUUCAGUUCGCCUCACAGUUAUCUCAUAAUUGACGAAUUAGAAUUUCUCGAGUGUAUUUCGCACGAACGAUACGAAUUCGAUAACUUCGGAAUUUCUUGUUAUAUUUAUUAUUUUUUAUCAACAUUUUUUAAAUUCCAUUUUAUUACGAUAUAUUUAUUAACGUUUAAAAACGAUUCGUACGGUCUUUCACCUUUUCCAUCGUUACUUUUAUGUUCGCGUGGUGUCGUUAUACGUAUACAGUUUAUAAAAUCGUAACGAAAUGAUCGAAAUGGCAAUGUCGAUCCCAAGCGUGCUCGCAACCAAUUGUCAGAUCGUUCAUCGAUCCGAGCGUCGGACGAACAACUUAUUCGAUUUAUCUCGUUCGACUUGGUCACUUUAUUCUGUCGAUCAUUCAAACUAAAGGUAAAAAAUGACAAAUCCACCGUGAUUUCAAAAAUCGAUAUUUCUUCUUUUCUUGCUAUUUGCGUUUUUUAGGUGCACAACACGCCUGUGAGUUUAUGUUCCGCCGCGUUUGUCAUAAGGACGAAGGAUUUGUAAAUACGAUCUCUGAUUGCUGAAUAAUUGCUAUUUAUAAAUUGUCGUAUCGUAGCAUUGCGUGUCCUAAAAUUGUGUACAGGAAGAACCAUGGGUAUAUCGAAAUCGGCAAGUCGAGGUGAAGGUGAAAGAGAAAUAGAACGAGAUGGAAAGAGAGAAGGAGAAAGAAAUUGCGAUACCGUUAGUGUUUCGAAGCUGCAACAAAUUCGAGUAUUACAUUGUUUCAUAAAUCGCGAUAUGCCUGCCAACAGAGGGAAACAAACUUUCUUUCGUUUAUCCGAAGUGUCGUUUCACGUUUAGCGUUUUAAAGAUACUUCCUGUACACAGCACACAAUCGCAGGGUCGAAGAUCGGCCAGGUGAAUUUGAUCUGACAUUUAUUGCGAUUUUUAUAAUUUGUCGGGAUUAUAAUUGAUUAAUGCGGACUUGACAUUGUUAAUCUAUUAUUAUUAUUAUAACGAUGAGAUGAUUAUGAAUUUUCUUUUUUAUUAUUAUUAUUUUUUAUUCUAUCUGCUAUUAUCGCUACUUUUUCCCCCCAUUAUUCUCAUGAUUUAUUAUUAUUAUUAUUAUUAUUAUUAUUAUUAUUAUUAUUCUAAUUAUUAUUAUUAUACUAUUAUCAUCACUAUUAUUAUACGAUUAUUUAAUGCCUUUUACUAUUUAUUAAUUAGUAUCGACGACCUAUGUGUAAUAAGUUUUGCCAAAGAAAUCCGUCGAAUGAGAGAGAGAAAGAGGGAUAGAGCAAUAUCGCGGUAACGUUUCAAAAGAGUAGCUUCCAUCGAAUGGAAGCGUUUUAGAAAACAAAAAAAAAAAAAAGAAAA